AUGGAAUCAAAUACAUCAAAUGUUUGUUCAUCACAAGCCAAUGCAACCACAAAGCCGAAAGAAGAUAACCGGUAUUCGAUUUCUUGUGGAUCGAAAAGGACUUUCAAGACAAUGGCUAGUGAAGGAGAAAGAUCAUUAGUUUGUGUUGACAAUCAUCUAAUGGCGGAGAGGAAGAGAAGAGAGAAGCUCAAUCAACGGUUUAUCGAACUUUCAGGACUCAUCCCCGGCCUGAAAAAGCUUGACAAGGCAUCUUUGAUUGAAGACGCAAUUAAUUAUAUCAAAGAACUCGAAAAGAAGUUAAAUAUGAAAAGGACUAGUAGUAAUUCCGCAAAUUAUCAGAAUGAAAGUUUAUCAAGAAAGACAUCGCCAAACAUCGAAGUUAAUAUGAUCGAAAAGAAUGUGUUAGUGAAGGUGCAUUGCGAAGCCAGAAAAGGCAUACUCGCAAAGAUACUCGAAGAAAUAGAAAAACUACAUCUUGUUCUCUCUGCAGUUAGCACAAUGCCAUUCACUGCAUCAUGUAUUUGUGUUACUAUCACAGCAAAGUUUGAAGAAGGGUAUUCAAUGAAUGUGAAUGAACUUAUGAAGAAGUUGAGCUCAUCAUUCAUCAAUUUCUUGUAA